AUGAAUAAGAAUUUGCUUUUACAAUUUUUUGAAUAUAGGAUUAAAAAAAAAAAUUUGUUAUAUAGGCAAAAGUUUUUUUUUUUUUCCCUAAUAAGAAAGAACAAUGACAAUGUUGAUUUUAUUUAUAACGUAAUUCCAGCAAAUAAAAAUAUACAUUGUAAAGAAAAUGGUAGGUAUCAAAUUGGAAAAAGAGGGAAAAUAAAUAUUCCACAUUUUAUGUGCUAUAGUAAUUUGGGGAUAGCAAAUGAUCAUAUGAGUAAUGUCCAUAAUUGCAAUAAUGAACAUAGGCAUUUUAAGAAUAAAGAUUAUCACAUAAAUAAGGAAUUAGGUGAAAUAAAUUCGUUAGAAAAUAUUUUAGAUGAAACUAAUUCGACAAUAUAUAUAAAUGAUAUUUGCUUUCAAAUGGAUAAAAUGAUACUAAAAUGUCAAACUUAUGAAGACAUAUUAUCUAUUCUUGUAACACAUAGGGGAGCAUUAUUUUUACAAAAUUUAAUAACUGCUAUACGUAUGCUAUCUGGAUUUGUGAUUGAAGAUAAGAAAAAAAAAAAAAUGAAAGAGGAAUUGAGUAUGUCAUCUAUUAAAUAUUCUGAAUAUGUCGACACCAAGGACAAUAAUAAAGCCAAUGGCACUAUACACCUUGAUAGUAAUAAAGGUGGCGUUUUUGAGAAUAGCCAAACAAAUGACAUAUAUAAUGAAGAAAAUAAUAUUAAUACGAACAACCAAAUAGACAAUGAAAGUACUAUAUCCCUCUUAAACGAUGAAACAGGAAUUGAUAUAAUCGAGAGAAAUGCGCUAGAAAAAUACAAGAGCAUAUUUGAAACAUUAAAUAAUAAAGAAUUAGUAAAAAGUGAAAAUAAGUUUGAAAAAAAAAGAAAUAUAGAAGAGAUAAUUGUACUUGAUGAAAGAUUUAAUUUAUUAAUUGACGAUAUAUAUAAAAAUAGAAAGCAUUUUGAUGUUAUAUCAAUUUGCCAUAUUUUAAUAUCUUUAAAAGAGUUGAAUUAUAAGCAUUUUCUUUUAUUUAAUUGUUUUAAUAAUCCUUUAAAAAAAUUUGAUAUAUAUAUUAAGGAGCAAUUUGAAAAUAAUCAAAAAAAUAUAUCACAUAUUAAUUUAGUUAUUCAUCUAUUAUUAAAAUGUUUUGAUGCAUAUAUAUGGGCUGGAUACUAUAAUCUAGACAUAUAUAAUAAAUUAAUAAAUAGUAUUUUAUUAAAUAAUUUUAUUUAUGUAAAUCAUAAAUUUUUACAAGAACAACACUAUGGCAAAAUAAACAAAUAUACUUUUAUGAAUUAUACCUAUGACAUAAAUUAUCCGAUAAAUAUGGAUGAAGUAUUGAAAACGUUUAAUCUGAGGAAUUGUCUUACUGAAAUUCCUAAUUUUAAUAAUACUUUUUACUCUUCAAAAAAUUCUUAUAUCGAGCCUUGUGAGGUUGAAGAAAAUAUAGAUAAAAAGGAAAUUAUAAAUGAUUAUGAGACUAAGAGCAAGGUUAAUUUUUCACAAAAGCAGAUAAAUAAACUAAAUGGGCUAAUGAUUGAAGGGAAAAAUGAGGAUGAAAUUAAAAAAAACGAAAAUUAUAUCAAUACAAUUACUCCUAUCAAAAAUAUUGAUAAGAAUAAUAAUGAUAAUGGAUGGUUUUGCUGCCCAAUUUUUCUUAACCCUGAAUUAUUCCUAAAAAGCAUAGAGAUAUGCAAAAGCAUCUAUGCUUAUAAUCCCGAUUUUUUUAUAAAAUGUGAAAAAAUUGUGUAUUAUUAUACACAAUAUUUAAGUCCAUCAAAUUUAAGUUUGAUAGCAGAUGCAUUUUCAAAACAUAAAGUAUUUUCGUUAGAACAUGAUAGAUUAUUUUUCCAUAUAUCCAAAAUAUUGGAAAAUAAUUUUGAUAAAUUUUCUUAUGAAGAUGUAUUUAUAAUCAUGAAAUCUUUUAAAAAAAUGAAUUUAUGUUUUAAAAAUAGUAUAAUUUUAAGUGCAAAAUUAUUUAGAGAAUAUUUUGAUUAUUUAUAUAUAAAUAGAAAAGAAUGCAUAUUGUCUUUAAAAGAUAUUUCAAUCUUAAUCGAGGCAUUAUCUUUUUUUGAUUUUUCUCAUGAAAAUAUUGAUAAUUGUAUUAUAAGUUCAUUAAAAUAUUUAGAAGAUUACAUAGACGAAAUAGAUGAAGAAACGUCUAUAAAUAUAUCUUAUUCAUUAGUUUUAUCAAAUUUGAUUAAUGCUAAUACAUAUUUAUUUUCUUUUUUAUGGAGAAAAAUAGGAAAAACAACUUUUUGGGAAAAACGAAAACAACAAAUAUGUUUAUUAUGGUUAUCACACAUGAUACAAUUUAAAUGGAUGGAUUAUGAUUUACCAAAAUUAUGUGUUCUUGAAUCUUUAAAAAUAUUUUUUUUAAAAAGAAAAGAAAAAAUAUUUUCAUUUUAUAAAAUUGUAUUAUAUAUCUCGAAUAUUUUAAACCAACUUAAUAUACAACACGAUGUUUUUGUCGAUAUUUAUGGACCAUAUAUAUUAGACAUUUUAAUAAAAAAUAAAAAACAGGUUAUUAUAUUAACUCAGGAUACUACUAGAAAUUAUAUUAAUAUGCAGUUAGGUGAUUCAAAAAUUAUAUUUAACCAUUUAAAAUUAUAUGGAUAUAAUGUAAGGUCUAUUAAUAUCAAAUAUUUUGAUUCAUUGAGCGAAAACCAAAAAAGGGAUUACAUAAAAGAUGUCGUGAGCUAUUUUUAG